UCCUCUGUUAAUCCAAAGAAGAAUCGCUUUGGCUUAUUCCUGCUUUUAAACCCAACUGUUUCGACCAUGCCCGCCGUGAAUUUUUGGGCUUCAAAUGUGGAUUCGCUCCAGAUGAAACCGUCUCGAGUUUGUGGACAUUAGCCAAUGAUGUCUGUGAUGCCGGACACUGCCUCAGAUCCCAGCAAAUCAGCAUUUCUAGAGUUCGGCCAUGGGCACCCGGCGCAUCCUCAGCACUCCAGCGGAUUGUCCCACAUCUACCCGGUGCAUGGCCUUCACUCAGCCGGACAACCUCAGCACGAGACUCCCUUCUCGCCCGGCGCGACUUACGGCCGCUCGCUGGGUUACGCCUUCCCCGGCCCUGUCAACUCUCACCCCCCGUCUGCGUACAUGUCGUACCAGCCCAACAAUCACAGCAGCAGCAGUCUGGCUCACAGCCGAAUAGAGCAGACAGAUCGCGACAAGUCCGUUCUGGACAACAGGGACGUGCGACUGAACAGCAAAGGCAAGAAAAUCCGGAAACCCCGCACCAUCUACUCCAGUCUGCAGCUGCAGGCUCUUCACCAGCGCUUCCAGCAGACCCAGUACCUCGCCCUGCCGGAGAGAGCCGACCUGGCGGCCAAGCUGGGUCUCACCCAAACUCAGGUGAAAAUAUGGUUUCAGAACAAACGCUCCAAGUAUAAAAAGAUCAUGAAGCACGGCAGUGGGUCAGAAGGGGAGCAUCUCCAUAGCAACAGCUCCGUGUCUCCCUGCUCGCCCGGAGUGCCGCAGCUUUGGGAGGUGACCAUGGCCAAAGGAGCUCCGAUGUACCAGAACAAUUACAUGAACAGUUUUGGACACUGGUACCCGAACCACCACCCUCACCAAGACGCCAUGUCCAGACACCAGAUGAUGUGAGUGUUGGGUGUCUGCUCCCGUCCACGACAAAUCUGUCUUUAGUGUUACUUAUUUUUUGCAUUUUAUUUCUGUUUGGAUCGUCAGAUUUGGACUCUAAAUUUAACGAUCAUGUUUGUUUAUUUUUAA